AUGGCCUACACAAAUCCAAACAUCUCUUUUCAAGAGUAUCUUGACCAUUGGCAAGACUGUCUCCGUGAUCGGUUGAGAAUAGAGAACAAUCAUCUGCAGACCAACCCUAUUCACCAACGAGCUUAUGCUCGUGUGGGCCUGAUGGGCAAUCCCAGUGAUGGGUUUUUUGGGAAGACCAUGUCGCUGCUUAUUUCCAACUUUUGGGCUGAAGUCACCCUCAUACCUAACAGGCCAGAAGACCUGGAAACUAUCACUAUUUUACCCAACCCAGUCUCUGAUCCUCACAGCUUUCUUUCGAUGGCUUGUUUAGCCGGUGUGUCAGAGAUUGAUGGAUAUGAAACAGGCGACAGACUGCUGCAAGCCUGCUGCAAAGUCUUUUAUCGACACUGUCAAGCUCAAAAGAUACCCAUCAAUACCGAACAAGGGUUCACCGUGCUGUUUGAAACUAACAUUCCUAGACAAGUAGGCUUAGCUGGGUCAUCAGCUAUUAUCACUGCUUUAUGGAAGGCACUGAUGGUGUUUUAUGGUGUCACUGAGAAGCAAAUCCCAUUGGAAUUGCAAGCGAGUUUGGUUUUAAAGGUUGAACAGGAUGAGCUCGGUAUUGCUGCUGGAUUGCAAGACAGAGUGAUUCAGUCAUUUGGUGGGCUAGUAUAUAUGGAUUUCAACAAGGAGCACAUGGAGAAACAUGGAUACGGAAAAUAUGAGCGUCUGAAUGUUUCUUUACUGCCUAAACUGUGGUUAGCCUACGUCGCUGAUCCUGAAGAUUCCGGUAAGGUACAUAGCACAGUCAAACAGCGAUUUUUAAAUGGUGAUCAAGAGAUCAUAAAAGCAAUGCAAAAGUUUGCAUCAUUUACAGACCAGGCUCGACAUGCAUUAGAAACGCAUAAUCAUCAAUCAUUUGCUCAACUCAUGUCUGCUAAUUUUGAUUUACGCAGACAAGUCUAUGGUGAUGCAGUUGUAGGUGCUCCCAACCUGAGAAUGAUUGAAUUAGCUAGACAGCACAACUGUGCUGCUAAAUUUCCUGGAAGUGGUGGUGCCGUGAUAGGCAUGUGGAACGGUCAAGAUAAAAGUACAGAAGAAAAAGAUUUAUUGAAUCUAAGGUUUGCAUUAGAGCGUGAAGGAUUCGUCUUUAUGAUACUCUCACCCAAGGUAUAUGAAUAA